AUGGAGUUCCCCGACGACUUCCUAUUGGCCGAGCUGGGCCACCUGCAGCUCUACAACGACUCGCUAUUCCAGAACAACUUCACCGGUAGCUACAACGAGACCGACGCCUUACUGCCAACGGGGGUGAAGGUCACCAUUGUGGUUGUCUAUAUGAUCGUCUGCGUCAUCGGCCUUGUGGGAAACUUCCUGGUCAUGUAUGUCAUCAUAAGAUACACCAAGAUGAAAACGGCCACUAACAUCUACAUCUUCAACCUGGCUCUGGCAGACUCUUUGUUCCUGGCUACUUUACCUUUCCAGGGCACUGACGUGUUUCUGGGCUUCUGGCCAUUCGGGAACGCUCUGUGCAAGGCGGUGGUGUCGAUUGACUACUACAACAUGUUCACCAGCACCUUCACCCUGACAGUGAUGAGUAUGGACAGGUACGUGGCCGUCUGCCACCCUGUCAAAGCCCUGGACAUGAGGACACCUCACAAGGCCAAGGUGGUCAACAUCUGUGUGUGGGUGUUGGCUUCGGCCUUUGGCGUUCCGGCCAUGGUCAUGGGAAAUGUAGAGGAAGAACAAGAGCAUAACAGUGUCGAGUGCAUUGUGGUUUUACCCGAACCAAGGAGUCACUGGGAUCCUGUAUUCGGCACCUGCGUCUUCCUCUUCUCCUUCCUCAUCCCUGUGGCUAUAAUCAGCAUCUGCUACAGCUUGAUGGUCAAGCGCCUGCGCAGCGUUCGCAUCCUGUCCGGCUCCAAGGAAAAAGACCGCAAUCUGCGGCGUAUCACCAGGAUGGUCCUGGUGGUAGUGGCAGCAUUCGUUGUCUGUUGGACGCCCAUCCAGAUCAUGGUCCUGGCUCAGUCGCUGGGCUUCAACCUGAGCAGCUUGUUCACAUUGGUCCUGAUGCACUUCUGCAUCGCGCUGGGCUAUGUCAACAGCAGCUUGAACCCUGUGCUCUACGCCUUCCUGGACGAGAACUUCAAGCGCUGCUUCCGCGAGUUCUGCCACCCAUCGCCGUUCCGCCUCGACACCCAGCAGUCAGGCAGGAUGAGGAGCAUUGCCAGGGAGGUAGCGGCGGCCUACAGCUGCAAGGCUGGAGAUGGCGGGGGGCCUGGGGGAGGGACACCUAAUCCAGCAUGA